AUGGAGCUUCGCCCAGGCCAAGUUGGCCAGAAACCACCCGUGGGUAAUAGCAAAGGGAAACAGCCAGCCAGGCCCGACGAGGGUUUUGCAGAAUCCUACGGGUCGGAGGACAACCCAUACCCCUUUAUGGCCGUGCAGAAGUCACUCAAUAUUCGGAAGGGCAAAAUCUUCGGACUGAAGGACCCGGUCGAUUUGAGAAAGCUCAAGAAAGAUGCAAAAGAUGCUGUCAAGCUAGAUACUAUGGAUGCAGCGGACGUGUUCCUUUCGAAAUUGCAGGUGAAUGGAUUCAAAACUCUGAGCGAUAUAGAAGAUGCAACAGGGACUUAUAAUCUCCAAAAUUGGUGGUCGCUCUGGAAUGGUGAUCAUUUCGCGGAGGCCGACGUGCAGAGAGAUGGGCAAAUGAAGCAAUUCGCAUUGCAAGGGAGCCCCUUUGAAGAUCUCAUCAGAAGUAUCCAGAUGCCGUUGGUCAAGAACUACAAGCAGACCAACCCCUACAAUGGUGAGGGUCCAAGCGGGUCCAACUCAUAA